GAGAGAGAGAGAGAGAGAGAGAUCACAAAGCACAAGAGGAAGAGGAAGAGGAAGAGUGCCUGGCCGAGGAUCAUCCAGCGCCUUUUAGGAGAUAUUUCCAGAGAGAGGAUCCGCCGCCAUGAACAACUGGAGGACUCUGCUGGUCUUUCUCGUUUUAUCGAUUUCUUCAAUUUCCAGAGGACAAAACGGAACUUCUGCAGUCACUCAGAACGCCACGAGCGCCUCGUUGAAGACCACCGGCCUCACGGCGACUCCGGGUCAAACAUCAGCCAAUCAAACGGACUCGCUCGCAACCGUCCCCACGACUCUGGAAGGAGGAGCAAAGGUUACUGACAGGACGACAGCAGCGCUGAGCUCCGUCAGCAACACGAUUGGACUCCGUGAUGGUGGAACACUGGCAAUAACCAGAACCUCGUUGGACAACACCUCAACAGCUCCAGGAACUAAAGUGGGAACUCCUUCUUCCUGGGGUUACGUGGUCCUCACGUUGAUCAUCCUGGUGAUCAUUGUUCUGUCUCUGAUCCUCUACUUCCUCAGGAGAGCGGCCCAGACGUACUCCUUCGACCUCCAUUCGGCUCCCGCCAGCCGUCCCAACCAACCCGUCGGCACCUUUGAGCGAGUUCGCCUGGACGACCUGGAUCGAAAGCCUGCCAGCGUGGUGACCGCCUGCAGCUACCUCCCGUCUCCCACUGUGUCCAACGGCUCGACCCGGCGGGCGGAGGAGGAGCCGCGCGCCAACGGAGAGAGCGUCCCACCAGAAGCGCCGGACGCCAGCGGGCCGCAGACCCCGCCCACCGCCGACCCCGGUGACCCCGGCCCCUCGCUGGGCAGCCUAGUGGGCUGUACCAACCUCUUCUUCGAUGCUGUUGAGGAGGAGCAGCAGAACGAGAACAACAACAACCCCUCGGCCGUCUGCUCCCGGGACCCGUUUGUUGAAAUCAACCUCGACGAGGCGGCGCUGUGCCAUCAGCUCCUCACCCCCCCUCAAGCUCCUGCCUCUGUCCUCCCCUUCACUCCUUUCUCCUUCUCCUCCUCCUCAUCAUCCUCAUCUUCUUCCAUAUCUUUGCACAUCCAGUGAAGACCUCGCCACUGCGUGUGUAAUCCAUCAGUCUUAUAUUUGCCGGUGAAAAGGUGUGCGUUGCAUCUCUUGUGUGAGUGUCGUAAGCUCGGAGUACCCGGAGGACGACACCUGGCGAAUGUGUCGAGACGAACAAGGUUGUGUGGAUGAGAGAGAAUUUGGUCAUUUAUCAAAAUAAAAUAUUUUUCAGAAACAAAUAAUAAAAUGAAAGGUAUAAGUCGUUUCUUCCUCU